AUGUCGGAAGUAGAGAACUGGGCAGAGAAAAAGAGAUUUGGAGAGGAUGAGCGCGAAGCAAAAACUUACAUCGACGAAACAAGUUCUGGGCAAAUUCUUACUCCUUUCAAUGUGACUUGCAAAUACAGAUUCAGGAAUUCAAACAACAACCACAAUUAUUUUGUUGCUCCUCUGCCUGGCAUGACAAUUUGCCCUAAAAGUGGUGGGGGUGGGGACCCAGCCGUGUCUGAUGGUGAUAUCUGGAGAGGAACCGAUUUGGGUGCCCCUCCGGCUCUGGCCCAGCCCGACGGGGAGGCGCUGCCCGGCGCCCUGGAGAAAGAGGAGGCGCGCUCAGGCGCCAGCACCCCGUCCACGCCGUCCGUCUGCUCGCCGCCUUCCUCCGCCUCGUCCUCGCUGCCUCCGGGCGCCAAGAGCCUCUGCUCGAGCUGCGGCCUGGAGAUCGUGGACCGCUACCUGCUGAAGGUGAACAAUCUGACCUGGCACGUCCGCUGCCUGGAGUGCUCCGUCUGCCGGACGCCGCUCCGCCAGCAGAGCAGCUGCUACGUCAAGAACCAGGAGAUCUUCUGCAAGGUGGACUACUUCAGUCGGUUUGGUACCAAAUGCGCUCGCUGCGGGAGGCAGAUCUACGCCAGCGACUGGGUGCGGAGAGCUCGGGGCAAUGCCUACCACCUGGCCUGCUUCGCCUGCUUCUCUUGCAAGAGGCAGCUGUCCACGGGGGAAGAGUUUGGCCUGGUGGAGGAGAAGGUACUAUGCCGGAUUCACUACGACACCAUGGUGGAGAACCUCAAGCGGGCAGCAGAGAACG